GGGGAGAGAAGCUUUAGGUGCCUGUGAGAUCAGGACGUUGAGCCAUAACAGCAAAGAGAUGAACGUGAUGGGAGUUGGGUUGUUUUUUCCUGUGGACACAGAAAAUAAGUGGUGGGGGGAAAUAAGCAAAUGACAGUAGCUGUCCUUCUGGCAAAGUCAGUGUAAAAUCUUCCUGUGUUCAUACUAAUAACAUACUUAAAAUGUAGGCUUAAAUUAGCUCUGAGGCAAGCGUCACUUAAGCUGCUUUAGUGAUAUCUGGCUUGUUUGUAGCCACUUCAGCUGAACCCAAACAGGCAUGCAUAUAGAUAUCCUGGAGAGGUGAACACUCAGUUCUCACAGGUGGGCUUUCUUAAGCGACCCAAUGGGAGGCAGAAAUAUUCCAAACAAGCAGGUAACUCGUGAGCCUCACAGAAAGCAGUCCUGUUCCAGGCAGGGGAACUGCAGGAGGGGCGGGAGCCUGUCAGCACCUGCAGCAGAAGUCUCUUGGAUCUGGGCUCUGAAACUCUGGGACAAUGUCUGUUUCAUUCUCUUGGUCUGGCAAGAGACUGCAUUGAUGUAGCUGAUGCUUUGGGAGUGUUCAGAAAACCAAAAAAAACGAAACACACAAACCCACAACAGAAAGGAUUUCUCCUUCUAGGUCAACCUUGGGAUGGCUUUAACAAGCCAAAGCCAGCAAAAUCUUUACUAAAGAGGAGCUGUGCCAGUUAAUGCUGCUGUAAAGGACUGACUUUAACUUCUUGUCACAGCACUGCAAGGAUGGGCUUUUUACAGCUCUUCUCUGCCCCCUUCCUGGAGCUGUCCUGUGUCACAUGUGUGUUCUAGUUGCUCCUUCCUUAUCUCUGUCAAAAGCCAGCUACCAUCCCUGCCAUGUCAUACUGGGGUCAUAGUCCUUGGUAAAAUCUGGUCAUGUGUUGCCACUUUCCUCUUCAUAACAAUGUUUUGCUCUUCAGGAGUACUUCAGUCCCGGCCUAGGGCAUUUGAGAGAUGGUAACAAAGUAAGGGCAGUGAGAACUGAGGAGGCCAGCAUUGGCAAUGGUGCUUGAGCUGUUUCAUGACUUAUCCCAUAGAGCUGUUGUCAAAACCCAUCCUGUUCCUCCCACGUAUUUCAGUUAGGAAAGAGAAAUGUGCAGGUUAUUCCAUGGGAGUCACUUGCUCUUCAAGUUGUUGUCUGUCCUGUGCUAGAAAUCAAGCAUCUGUCUAUGAACAGCACAAGACAAGUAAUAUCUAGCCACUUUCUAAACUUGCUGGCUGUUUCUUAGCCACAGGGCUAGCACAGACCUCCUGAUGAAACAUUUGUCUUUUUCCUUCCUUUUGUGAAAGAUUUAUUUAUGAUAGCAAGAGCAGUAGUGUAGCCUGUGACAUUGCCUUGAAGCCUUUGCCAGUCUCAACUGAACAGCUGCCUAGCAGAGUGUUCCCUGAAGCAGUGGGGCUCAGCAGCAGAUGGUGGUAAUGAGCCUACUGCAGCCAGUUGUACUGGAUACAUGAGGUUGGGUCCUGACCCUCAUAGGUGCUACAGAGGAAGGGCUCUGGCAGGAGCUUUAGAGGACAUUUCUCUGUGAUAAUUUUUAUAGGGGCUUUCUAAUGCUUUUAUUUGUAGCUUCGUAUUGGGUACGUGCCAACCAAACUGCAAAGAAAGUGGUUUUAUUCAUAAAUCCCAGGUAUAAUGGCUUUGAGGAGAGAUCUGCAGGCCUUACCUGACAGUCCUGAGAGAGUAGGUGAUGUGUGAAACGUUGUGCCAGAGCCUCAGCAAGUUUGUUUGAAUGUGGUGGUCAGUAGCUGCUUUCCUAUGCACUUCACUUUGAGCCCUCUAGUAAGGACUGACAUUAGCAAUGACAGCAGCAGUCUUCCCAGGUGCAGUGGUGCUGGGCACCGUGACAGGAUGCUGCAGUGGGCCAGGAAUCCAGAGAGCAAGCUCCUUUCACCUUCAAGAGGAGACCAGAAGCCAUAGCUGGACUUCAGCUGCUGAUUGAACGUACUGCUGUGGUCCAGCCAACAGAUUAGAGGGGCUUUCCUGCAGCAGUUGGAGAUGUUCUGCCACAGAUGGAGGGGCUGAGGGAACCAGCUCCCUUCUCAGAUGAGGUGGAAAUUGAUUACAGCAAGCCCUACGUCAGAGUGACAUACGAAGAAGCGAUGAGAGGGACCCCUUUGGAUCGCCCCGUCAGAGUUUAUGCCGAUGGAAUAUUUGAUCUGUUUCACUCUGGACAUGCCCGGGCCUUGAUGCAGGCGAAGAACCUCUUCCCAAACACGUACCUCAUUGUGGGAGUGUGCAGUGAUGAGCUGACCCAUAACUUCAAGGGCUUCACAGUGAUGAACGAGAACGAGCGCUACGACGCUGUGCAGCACUGUCGCUAUGUGGAUGAGGUGGUGAGAAACGCGCCCUGGACGCUCACCCCAGAGUUCCUGGCAGAGCACAGGAUCGACUUUGUUGCACACGAUGACAUCCCCUAUUCCUCUGCUGGCAGUGAUGAUGUUUAUAAGCAUAUAAAAGAAGCAGGCAUGUUUGCACCAACUCAGAGGACUGAGGGGAUCUCAACGUCCGACAUCAUCACGCGUAUCGUGCGGGACUACGACGUGUACGCCAGGCGGAACCUGCAGCGGGGCUACACGGCCAAAGAGCUCAACGUCAGCUUCAUAAACGAGAAGAAAUACCACCUCCAGGAGCGCGUGGAUAAGGUGAAAAAGAGGGUGAAGGAUGUAGAGGAGAAGUCAAAGGAAUUUGUCCAGAAAGUGGAGGAGAAGAGUAUUGAUCUCAUUCAGAAGUGGGAAGAGAAGUCCCGGGAGUUCAUCGGCAAUUUCCUGGAGAUGUUUGGCCCAGAAGGUGCUUUGAAGCACAUGCUGAAGGAGGGCAAGGGCCGGAUGCUGCAGGCCAUCAGCCCGAAGCAGAGUCCCAGCAGUUCCCCCACACACGACCGCUCCCCGUCUCCCUCCUUCCGCUGGCCCUUCUCAACCAAGACUCCUCCUUCCUCACCGGCCACCCGCUCCAGGAACCAGUCUGCAGUCACCUAUGACAUCAGUGAGGAUGAAGAGGAUUAAGCUGCCAGCCAGGAUUUGCUGUGAGCCGCCGACGGCCGAAUCCUGAGCCCAGGCCCACUGGGGAACUCCGAAUGAGCACGAGCCAUAGGAACAGGGCUGACAGUGAGCACAGGGCCUCAGAGGCACCUGCUGCUCUUAGCAAGGGCUGCUGCCUGGAAGCACAUUCAAACCUCCUCUCCCUUCCCCUCCCCAAAUCCCCAUUUUAUUGUUUACGUUCUAGUGGUUUCCAGGGGGAAGAUGGUUUUUAUAUUUUAAUACUCUUUUAAAGCUCAAAGAAUAGCACUCGAGCCUGGCUUUUGGUUUGGUUUGUUUUCCCUUGUGAAACCUCCAGGCAAGAGGGAGAGUGGGAAAGCCCAUCUGUCUCUUCUUUCCUCAGCUCCUCUCUCUUAUUCCCCCCACUCCCAGGCAGUAUUUGUGCCACUGCCAAACGAAAGAGCCCCUCAGUUCCUCAAGCAGCGUGACCUCAGGAGCACGCAGGAUGUGGUGGUGCUGAGGCUUCUAGGAAGUAGAGGCAUCUCUGCUGCCCUGGAGCCAAUUGCAACCUGUGCAGCAGCCCCUGUAAUGCUCAUGUGCCUUGUAGCUGAGCUUCCUGGCGUGUGGCAGUGAGGACGUGCUGGGUAGGGGCCACCAUCUUAGCACGCCGGAGUUACACCCUGGAGGAACUCAUGGCUCCAAAUCAUAUGGAGACUGACAGGGAAAGGCCUUUCCAGCUGAUCUUAUAACAAGACUGCUAAAUCUUGAGCUAAAAUUCAGCCCUCAGUUGCUGUUGAAGAGAAGAGAAUGAGCCAUUGCUUCGGGGUGCUUGCUGUCUGUGCAUUUCUUUGGGGGUGUGAGAGCCCAGGUAGGAAAUGAAUGCGUGUACCCCCUUUGAAAAGUUCCUUGUCCCAGUCUGUGGUGUAUGAUAAGUGUUGCUGCCUGUCCCAAGGGCCCCUCAACACUGUGCUUCGUGUGUGUGUGUGUCUCUGUGUUUUAGUUGCUGUGCUCUAGGGGCUGGCACAGUGCUUGAUGCUGGUGCACCGGGCUGCCAGUGCAUUGGUGCAGCCAGGCUGCCAUCCUCUGUGUCGGGGUGUGCAGCUGGGCAGAGGAAGGACACCUUUGACCCGUGUGGCAGUUCCCUGGCUUGCUCAGGAAAGGCACAAAGGGGUGCCUGCUCCCUCUGCUCCUGGAGGCAGGACAAAGCCCCAGAGUGUGCUGGCUGUGUAAGGGUUCAGGAGUGCGAGGCGCUGCAUUGCAGGCAGGGUGCCAGCUGUGCCCAGUGCCGCGGCCGUGCCGCUCACCCCGCGGGCAUUGCCCUCCCCACACCGCCUGUGCAGAGCUGCACGGCGCUGGAAGCCCAGCCCUGCUGCCGCCUGCCUGCCGGCUCUGUCUGCCCGUGACACCUUUGGGCUCCAGGGGGAGCUGCCGGCAUCCUGGAGCCCGCACAAGGAGGCAAACGCUCAAGUGCUGCCACAGGCUGUGCAGGGUGCCAGCUUCCAGGGCAGCCAGUGGACCCGUGGGAGGCACAGAGGCUGAUGCUACUUUCCAGCUUUCAUCUCUCUGGCCCUUUUUCUCGCAGCCCUAAGUGCUGGAUGGAGAAUCUGUGCUUCUGUUCAGUCCAGAGCUGGGAAAGGGUGUUUUGGGAAUUCCUCGUCUGCCACUCGGGCCUCUCUCAGCAGGGACGUGUCCAGCUCUGGAAGCAUGGCUGGCUGCUGUGGGUUUAAGCUAUGAGGAGCAAGUAAUGGUCACUUGGUACAACCAGUUAACAACUUGGUUAAUCCCCUGGUUUAUGAGUGGUAGAGCACUUACUUUAGAUCACCCACAUUCUGUCUUCCCUCAUCUUCCUCACCUUCCCUUCCCCACUCUCCCCUCACUCUGGGUGUUGCCUUGCUUUAGGGCCUUACUACUGUUUUAAACACAAGUUAUGCAACAGUAUUCUGUAAAUUUGGAUGCCAGUGGUGGUUUGAAUGGUGACUCCUUCUGCAGAGACCUUCACGUAUGUCUUGUUCUCUCUGCAAAACCUGGGGUGCUUGGUAAGAUGCCAGCCAUGGUUUUACAUGUAGCUUGGAAUAACAGAGCUGUUUCUUGUAACCAAUAAUCCCUGCUUCCUCCUUGCACUUAAAUUAAAUUGGACACUCAAAUGCCA